AUGUUUUCUAUAUACAAAAAUUCGUAUCUGCAGACCUCUUAUCCAGAAAUUAAUCCCCGAGUACUAAAUCGUUGCGUACAAAAAGCCAGAGAGUUCAACUAUGCCGAUGUUCACGAUUUGGAGCCCCCAUUUCAACGCUUGGUGUCAGAACAGCCUACAAUACCUGUUCAGAAUGUCGACGUCACUCGAAGACCUCUGGCUUUUGGAAGACGGGCAAUGCCUAAAUUGAAAAGAGAACUUCUUGACAAAGAUGAUAGCGUUGUGAUAGCCGCACUCCAAAGCAUCUGUGACCUUUGCCACGAUCCGGAAAAGGGAUACGAGGCUGUGAAUUUGAAAAUUAUAGACAAAAUGGUCGGCUUAGCACUGCAUGACAAUCCGGCGAUCCGCGAAAGAACAGCCAACGCCUUACAAAUCCUAGCUCGACUGGCAGACGGAAAGGAAGCUAUUGUGUCGAACCAAAAUCUCCUGGACAAUCUGCAAAUCUGCGUCGAAGAUGUGGUUUCGCAAGUUAGAAUACAAAUUGCGGCUUUGUUGGAGAUGAUUGCCAGGUUCUGGAAAACUGCUGACGUAUUGGUCGAUUAUGGGUUUAUUCCCAUUCUACUGGUUAAUUUGAUAAACGAACAUUCCGACAUUGCAAAAAUACAUCUAGAGACCUUAAAAUCGUUGAUGUAUAGCGUCGGAAAAUGUAUUGCUUUGGAAAACGACGGCUUCAAUAUAUUUUUGAAAUUACUCUCAUUGAAGGAUGUAGAAAUUGUAACCCGUGCUUGCGACUGCCUGACACUGCUCACAACUUCACGUCUUGGUGAAAAAAUGACCCAAGAAGCCAAAUUAUUAGAAGCUUUGAACACGUUACUCUACGAUGAGAGAAUAGAGGUUCACACAAGCGCAGCAUCAACGAUUAUGUUCUGCACGAUAAAAACCAGGUCCAGAAUAGCUGCCAGUAAAAUAAAAGGAUUGGCCAAACGUCUAAUUGAAAUAGCCAAGAAUAGGCACAAUCCAAACACACAAAUCUUUGCUCUAAAGGCGUUAUUGAAUAUCUGUGAGCAUCCUGCUAUAAGAAAGGAAGUUAAAAAUAAAUAUUUGCAAGACAUCACGGAUAUCCAGAUUAAUAGUGACGACCCUUAUCUGAAACACUACAAAGAUAUUCUGUUGCUUAUAAUCAACUGGUGUGCAGUGACUGUUUUCUGAUUCGGGUUUUUAAGUGCGUACAAAUACUUUCACAAUUAUA